CAGACUCACUCCUUCACUCAGUCACUCUCCCCUAGCCAGUGACGUCCACCACUGCAAACAUUUGCUGCCUGCCAGACCCCCUCCUCUCCGCCACGAUGACCCGCACCCUCUGCUUGAGCUUCGUCCUCCUGCUGCUGUCCCUCUCUUCUCCCGCUCGCGCUGAACCUCGGCGGAGCUCGUCCAAUCAGCGCAGGGCUCCUCGCGCAUCCGCCGCCAAGGUGCGUUUGGCAGGCAACUUUGCGCGAGAACCCAACGAAGGGCGCGUGGAGGUGCUGCACAACAACACCUGGGGGACUGUCUGCGAUGAUGAAGUGGACAUCAAGUUGGCCAACGUGGUGUGCAAAGAGCUGGGUUUCCAGAGCGGUGUGACGUGGGCACACAGCGCACAGUAUGGAGAAGGAGCGGGCCCAAUAUGGAUGGAUAAUGUACGCUGUGACGGCUCAGAGAAGUCCAUAAAGGACUGCAAACACAACGGCUGGGGCGUGAAUGACUGUAAACACACGGAAGACUUGGGGGUGGUGUGCAACACUGAGCGCAGGCCGAAUCAGACAGCCAGUAGAGGCCACACCACCUUCAGCAGGCCCAACAGCAGCCAUGCAGCUCAGUGGCAGGGAAAUGUGGUCACCCGCAGGCAUCCAGGAUAUGGCUAUUAUGGAAACGGACAUCAACAACAAGAGAUUCCCCGGUUCCAAAGACACCCCCCGGUUCCUAGUAAGGUGCGAAUCGAGGAGGUCCGUCUUCGUCCCAUUCUCAUGGCUACAAAGAGAAAGAGCCUGAUCACAGAAGGUGCGGUGGAAGUGAAGCAUGCUGGGAGAUGGAGGCAGGUUUGCGACCUGGGUUGGACUCUCAACAGCAGCCGAGUUGUGUGUGGGAUGCUUGGCUUUCCAGAGGCUACUCAGCACAAUGUCAAAACAUACAAGAAAAUAUGGGAUACCAAGGUUUCAGAUCCUUCUACAAGAUUGAGCAUCAUGUCAAAGAAGAAGGGAUUCUGGAUAGAGAAAGUUCACUGUCAGGGGUUUGAGAACUCCCUGUCAGAGUGCCUCGCUCAGCUGUCAAUCCCCCGGAGUCCCACUCCUUGUAAGAACGGGAGACAUGCAGUUGUCAAGUGUGUGGCAGGACCUCAGUUUGCUCGCAUUUCCUCUGGAAGACCCCAGGCCCCCUAUCCAGUUGUGCCGGUGCGUCUGAAGGCUGGCCCCAGACUGGGUGAGGGUCGUGUGGAGGUACUAAGAGACGGAAAAUGGGGGACCAUCGUGGACCACAUGUGGGACAGACCUGCAGCCAGUGUGGUAUGCAGGGAACUCGGCUUUGGUACUGCCAAGGAUGCCCUGAAUGGAGCCUUUAUGGGUCAAGGUACCGGACCUAUCCAUAUGAACAGUGUACAGUGUAUGGGGAGUGAGCGCUCCAUCCUAGACUGCUACUUCCAGGAAGUUCAACCGUGGACAUUCAAACACACCCAGGAUGCCUCAGUACGCUGUAACAUCCCCAAGACCGGAAUAGAGAACACGGUGCGACUUGUUGGUGGCAGAGUCCCAUCAGAAGGCCACGUUGAGGUGUUAAUGGAUGUUGGGGGUCGUAAGCGUUGGGGCUCUGUCUGUAGUGAGAACUGGGGCAUCAAUGAAGCCAUGGUGACAUGCAGACAGCUCGGCCUGGGUUUCGCUGCCAGUGCUCAUCAGGAUACCUGGUACUGGCCCGGUCACUCGAAUGCCAGUGAUUUGAUUCUCAGUGGAACUCACUGUGUGGGCACGGAGUUUUCAAUUCAACAGUGCCGGCGCAACAACAAUCUCCACUGUCCUCGAGGAGGUGGGACGAAGGCCGCUGGGGUCAGCUGUUCAGACACGGCGCCUGACCUUGUUCUGGAUGCCCAGCUGGUCCAGGAGACAGCCUACCUGGAAGACCGACCCCUCCACCUGCUGACCUGUGCCAAUGAGGAGAACUGUCUGUCCUCGUCCGCUGCCAGGAUGAACUGGCCUUAUGGCCACCGCCGCCUGUUGCGGUUCUCCUCCCGCAUCAUGAACAUGGGUCGGUCCGAUUUCAGACCCAAAGCAACAAGAGAGAGCUGGACAUGGCACCAGUGUCACAGGCACUACCACAGUAUCGAGGUGUUCACGCAUUACGACCUGCUGACUCUGAAUGGCACGAGGAUCGCAGAGGGACACAAGGCCAGUUUCUGUCUGGAGGACACGUAUUGCCCUGAGGGAGUCCAGAAGCGCUUCUCCUGCUAUAACAUGGGGGAUCAGGGUAUCUCUGUGGGCUGUUGGGAUACAUAUCGCCACGAUAUCGACUGUCAGUGGAUUGAUGUGACAGAUGUACGGCCAGGAGACUACAUCUUCCAGGUGGAAGUAAACCCUGCAAUGGACAUGGCUGAGUCUGACUUUAUGAACAAUGUCAUGAGAUGUCGGUGCAAAUACGAUGGCCAGAGAGUGUACAUGUAUGGAUGUCAUGCAGGCGAUGCAUACAGCGCAGAGAUUGAGGACCUGUUUGAGCACCAGAAGCAAAUCACCAACAACUUUGUGUAGCCGUCCCAGGGGCCCGGAACAGAGGCCUUCCAGUGGGGACCAGAGUCUACUCAGGGUGGGCAGAGGUCGAUGGCCCUAGGCCCUUGGGACUUCAGGACCCACAAUAACAGUGUACACACAACAUGGCGGCUGUUCACCUCCUUGGCAGAUGUGGAGAAAAUAUUCAUAAGUGCAUCAUAUCACAGCAGCAACCAUUGCAGAGACUCCAUUGUCAACAAGUGUGGAAAAGGUGCCAAACAGGUCGACAUGUAUUUUACUCUAGUUAAGUAAGAAAAUACUGGAUAAUGAUUCAAACUAUACAGAAUUGUGUGAAUGUGGAUGACUUUAGCUAGUUAUUCAAGGUGUUUGGUGGGAAAAACUAUUUAAAAACUAUUUAGAAGGCAGUGCAGUUGGUAAAACUCAUAUCCAAUGUAGAACAAAUGUAUUGAAUUUUGUAACUCUUGUGCCUUUACAUUACUUCAAUAUUGGUGCUCUUAACAUUACUGUAUGUCCUUCAAGAACCUCACUACAUUUCAACAGUGGCCUAAAAUUCAUCUUGGGUAGUUUUCUUUUAAAGUUAAUUAGGUAUUUUAUAAUUGCUUUGACUUUAACAAAAUCAUUGUUUUAGACAAGUAUAGUAGUGCUACUGUACAAUGUUUGCUUCUUAUCUAGAAGCAAAGAGGUUGUCCAAUGAUUUUUAUUGAACAAAGCACUUCAUCGUUUUAACAUCAGUAUUCUAGUGUUGCCCCCAUGCUUUGCCACCAAAACGACUUUAUUGUGUUAUACAUUUCAAAAAGUGAAAUAUUAGGUUUCUGUUUUAGUUUUCAAAUGCAAUGUAUUUAUGCCGAAACUUUAUUUAUUCACGGAUUCACACAUACACAGCAUGCUCAGUAAAGAGAUUUUUAGUUUACGCAUAAUUAACAAAACAUGUUUUCCUUAUUUAAUUAACCAUAGGCACCAUGUUGUUAUAUCGUCCCAUGAUGCAGAUUAAACAAAUGUUAUAUUUUAGUUAAACAACUGUAACUGUAGAGUUUUUUUCUCUCCCAUCCUUACCGCUGGCUGGGUUUUGAGAGCAUAUAAAAAACCUUUUAAUUACAUCUGUUUAGGUUUGACAUAAGGUUACGGUUAAGGUUAGGGAUAUAGCAUGUGCUUUACAAAGAAACACAGUGGAAUAGUUUCUUAUGCAAUCACAGAAAGAGCGAGAAUCUUUCCACAAACUACAUGAAAGAUUCCGAGUUCUGAAAGAUUUACUGAGGGACACAGUGAUUGUAAGACAGAUUGAGAGAGAAAGGGAUGAAGUUUGGAGAAAGACUUAUGCAGACAGACACUUUUUACUAGCAGAGCUGCCUUUUUGUAGGCAGUCAUACAAAGACCACAAUCUGGCAUACUCAGCUCCCCACCGAGAACAACAUGUUUGUCUGGGAGAAAAAACAACUGUUGGACACAUAAACAGUGGCCCUAUAUUUUGUACUAAAGCUGGGCCUGCUAAAAUAUACUGCAUUCUACAUUUCUUUGCUAAAGGUUUAGCUCCUCAGCAAACUAUGAUGCAACUCCACUUUUUUACAACAUGGAACUUGUGUUAAUCAUGUUGUGUUACCCCAUUACUGUGUUUGAUGUGUAUGGCUUAUUGUCUUAGUGGUUAAACAUGUUAAGAUGAUUUUCUAAUGGCCAGCGACCAGGACUCGUCGUGGAAAGGACAAGUCACUCAUAAAAACAAAUGCAGACUUGAUUAAUUUCUUUAGCACAUUGUUUUCCCCCUCACUGGGCCUUUAUUAUUUUGACUUCAUGGAAGGUUUAGAAAUAAGGCUUUUUAGAAUAACCUUUUAUAAGGUCUUCCAUGUAACAAAAAAACGUUUGAGAGGCUAAAGAAAGCAUAAAGACGUACACGUCUGUGUGUUUGCUGAUGUGCUUUUCUGUUAUGUUGUGCGUGUGUACAGUUUAUAUUGACAUAUUAUGGUCUGUUCUAUGUGUUAUUUAAAAUGAUAUGCCAUUCCAUAUUUUAAGUUAGUUCAUAUUCACCACUCAUCAUAUUACUGUAUUAUACCCAUGCUAUAUGCAUAGCACUGGGACAUUGUUUUUCAUGACCAGUAGUGCUUUUAUUUUGUCUUUAUAGCUGAGAGUGUGAGCUAUACAACGCUUAUCUACAAACAUAUUCAUAAAAAGCUGUACUCUCAGGGACUUAAACCUCAUAAGAGAAAGAAUAAUGUGUCAUGUGAUGUCAUUCAGGUUGCUUUUAGCUGUGAUGCAUAGACUCUUACAGAAGGUAAUGUGUGCUUGCAUGUUUGUGGAGGAUAACUUUUUGAUAGACACUGCUGAGUCGGAAGCAAAUUUCAGUUAAAGACCAAAUCACAAUCUAUUCAUUCAUCAUUACUGUGAAUCAAUUAAACUUCUUCACAUACUAA